CGGCGGGGGGGAGGGAAGCGAGGCUGCAAUGCCUAAGCCUCCUCCUUCUCCGCCUCCUCCUGCUGUGGUGUCUGUGCAUCCUCCUUCACCGCCAGCCUGAAAGAGGGUGGUGGGUGGUUGGGUGAGGGGGGGGGAAAGGAAGGAAGGAAGGAAGGAAAGAGAGGCAAACGCUCUCCGCCCGCCAAGGACACGCACACUUUGCACGCCUGGGUCGCGCGACGACCGACAACCCUCCCCACGAGCGCGCCCCUCCGCGCGCCCGCGCCGAAGCCCGCUCCUGCGCGCACCGCCCCGGUGGAGAAAGGUGAUGAGGUUUCACAGAAACCCCCUGCUUUAAACCUAAGGAGUUUGGAGUCUUGGGAUUACCUUUAUAUCAAGAGAUUGAAUAAAGUAUAGAAUCUGGAGACAAAGGCAGCCUCUGGGAGCCCCUGCGAGAAGAGGUGGAAGCCACCUUUGGCCGAGAUGUCACGGCACCACAGCCGGUUUGAAAGAGAUUAUCGCACAGGGUGGGACCGCCGAGAAUGGAACACCAAUGGAAACCACGUGAACAGCACUAACUGUAACAGCACGGUGAACAGCAAUAGCAACAACAGACCAGGGCUUCUGCCUGUGCCUAUUGUGCCCUCACGACUACAUGCUCCAGCCACAGUGGCUUGCACUACUGUGAACAGUGAUGUGAUAACAACCCUUGUGGCCAACUCUUCUGCAGCAUCAACAACCAAAACACCUUGCAUUUCUAAGACGGAGAAUCAGCCACAAGGAUUAGCAACCAGUGUAAGGUGGGGACAGACACCCAUCAAUCAGUCUACACCCUGGGACACCGAUGAGCCACCUUCUAAGCAGAUGAGGGAGACUGAAAACCCAGGUACAGCUCCAUGGGUUACAACAGUGGCAGCUGGUAGCCAGCCAGCUCUUAUAACUCAUUCUUAUGGGAUGACUCAACCUCCGACCUUCAGCCCAGCAGUGAACGUCCAAGCCCCUGUCAUUGGAGUUACACCCUCACUCCCUCCACAUGUUACCCCCCAGCUUCCAUUAAUGCCAGCUCAUUACCAGCUUCAGCAGCAGCCUUCACAGCCUCUGAGUAACAUGGUUGUGAACCUGCAAAGCCAGCCUUUGUACACUAACAGCCAACCCAUUACUAUGUCUUCUAUGACAGGGGUUGGCCAGGUGACUCACCCGGGCCACAGUGCAGUAGGGAACUGUCACAUGACUUGUCCUAUCCUGCCUCCACCACCACCUGCUUUGCCUUCAGCUGCCCUACCUAAUAGUGUUCCAGCCACCAAUGGGCAAGCUGCUCCUCAGCUUCCUCCUAAUCAGACGGGCAGUCAGGACAACACAAAUGGGGUACAGAUGCUACGGACUGUUGGUGUGGGGAAGUACGAGUUCACAGACCCUUGGCAUCCAAAAGAAAUGUUGAAGGAGUUGAACCAGCAACGCAGAGCGAAAGAGUUUACAGACCUGAAAAUUAUUGUUGAAGGCAAAGAGUUUGAAGUCCACCAAAAUGUUCUAGCUUCCUGCAGCUUGUAUUUCAAGGACCUGAUUAAAAGGUCAUCCCGGGAUGGUAACAGAAAUGGAGAGAAACUGGAGCUGGAAUUAUCAAACCUCACUGCAGACGUCCUGGAAUUAUUGCUGGAAUUUGUUUAUACAGGUUCCUUAGUCAUAGAUUCGGCCAACGCCAAAACACUCCUGGAAGCUGCCAGCAAGUUCCAGUUCCAUACCUUCUGUAAAGUCUGCGUCUCUUUCCUAGAAAAACAGUUGACUGCUAGCAACUGCUUAGGAAUAUUAGCCAUGGCUGAAGCAAUGCAGUGCAGCGAACUAUACAACAUGGCAAAGGCCUACGCCCUGCAGAUUUUCCCAGAAGUGGCCAAUCAAGAAGAGAUCCUUAAUAUUUCAAAGGACGACUUCAUUUCCUAUAUGUCCAAUGACAGUCUGAACACGAAAACGGAAGAACUGGUUUAUGAAACAGUGAUAAAGUGGAUUAAAAAAGAUGCAUCAGUGAGAGCUCAGUAUGCUGCUGAGUUGCUGGCAGUGGUCCGCCUACCCUUCAUCCAUCCCAGUUAUCUGCUAAACGUUGUUGACAAUGAGGAGUUGAUAAAGUCUUCAGAGGCCUGCCGGGAUCUGGUGAAUGAAGCGAAGCGUUAUCACAUGUUGCCACAUGCCCGACAAGAGAUGCAGACUCCACGAACCCGUCCUAGGCUAUCAGCAGGUGUGGCCGAAGUCAUCGUCCUGGUCGGAGGCCGCCAGAUGAUAGGGAUGAAUCAACGAGCCUUAACAGCAGUAACCUGUUUCAACCCUCAAAACAAUAAAUGGUACCCACUGGCCAGCCUGCCUUUCUACGACCGGGAAUUUUUCAGUGUGGUGAGCGCUGGAGACAAUGUCUACCUCUCAGGUGGCAUGGAGUCCGGAGUCGCACUGUCUGAUGUCUGGUGUUACAUGUCACUACUUGAUAACUGGAACCUUGUUUCCCGAAUGACAGCCCCAAGAUGUCGACACAACAGCCUGGUGUAUGAUGGGAAAAUCUAUACCAUUGGAGGCCUUGGUGUGGCAGGCAAUGUCGAUCACGUGGAGAGGUACGACACAAUCACCAAUCAGUGGGAGACAGUGGCUCCAUUGCCAAAGGCAGUGCAUUCUGCAGCUGCUACUGUUUGUGGUGGAAAGAUCUAUGUGUUUGGUGGCGUAAAUGAGGCUGGCCGUGCCGCUGGAGUGCUGCAAUCCUAUGUCCCUCAGACAAAUGCAUGGAGCUUUAUAGAGUCACCCAUGAUAGAUAACAAAUAUGCUCCCGCGGUCACUCUCAAUGGUUUCAUCUUUAUUCUUGGAGGAGCUUAUGCACGAGCGACCACCAUCUAUGACCCAGAAAAGGGCAAUAUUAAAGCAGGCCCCAACAUGAACCACUCCAGGCAGUUCUGCAGUGCUGUGGUUCUUGAUGGAAAGAUUUAUGCCACGGGUGGAAUUGUCAGUAGCGAAGGCCCUGCGCUGGGAAACAUGGAAGCCUACGAUCCGAAGACAAACACGUGGACGCUUCUCCCCAAUAUGCCGUGCCCUGUGUUCCGACAUGGCUGUGUAGUAAUAAAAAAGUACAUCCAGAGUGGUUGAUGCCAGGGACAACUCGGCUGUCGAACUGGGUGUUGCCCACAGAAAGUAGGCAGGAAAAAAAGGAAACUGUCCCGGAGAGAAAAAUCGAGGAAAUGCAACCGACAAACACUUGUCUAAAUCUAUGUAUAAUCUCUACAUUGAAUGUAGAAAAUCAUCCUCACCUUUUGGUGAACGGGGAGCAAAUUGCUCCAGGCUAUGUACAAUAGUGUGACUUAACACAAGUGUGCCACUAGAUGUCAUAGUGGCACUUGUUACAGACACAGGCAUUUGGGUCUACUGAGGUGCAAUAGCAUUUCCCCUGAGUUGCUUAGGGGACAAGAGCGGACUUGUGUUCCACUGCUCAACAGAAAGCUCAAUUCUUGAAAUACUAACUGUGUUGAUUAGGCUCUGCUGAAUCCACAUGAAGCAUCGGGACUAUUUGAAAUGAAGGUCAAAGUGUCCUUACCACUUUGAUUGCAACUUGUCUUUUCGCCCCCACCCCACCCCCCGUUUUUAACCCAACGAUAUGCUUUUCGAUACCAAUGACCGAGAGAGAGAACUUGUGUGUCAGACUGCAUAGGGUGAAGUCAGUCUUCCAUCUGAGCAAGUGUUCAUUACAGCUCCUUAGAGCCGAGCUAACAAAGGAUAGAAGUGUGUCUGUCUGUCUACUAGCAUUCCAUGUCCUUUUAAUGAAAAGGUUUUCUGAAGUUGUUUGCCAAUGUGAAUGUGUGGUCGUGAGGAGGGCUUGUUUCUGCCUUUCUACUGUUUUUUCUACUGUAUGGACAAAAAAAAAAUUGACAGCUAUGUUUCUAUAAAUUGAGAGGCAUCUAGGAGCUUUUAUUAAACUUUUAUUUAUCUAUUCAAGGUUUAGAAUGAAAAUUCUGUGUUGGAUUUCAAUAUUUUGAGCCAGUUAUUUAAGGCAAUGCCUUGUGAGGAAGAUUGACAUCACCACUGAGUGACAAGUCCACUAGCCAGGAGAUAUGCCACUGUCUAUAUUUUUUGUCAGAUUACUCUGAAAGAUCUUGUCUAUUUUUUCAGACUUCCGUACUCUGCCCCUUCCCUUUCCCAGGUGUUGGUGGGAGUCUUUAAGGAAACUCUAUUUCCUUGAGAGGCUUCAGUGGCUGCUGCUUUAAGAAUAAAUGCUUUUGCGGCUUCUUACGAUACCAGUUGAAUAACAAUGCAUCAGGUUCUAUCCUGCUUUAGAGAGAAGGUGUUGUGGGGAAAGGCUAUUCUGUAGAGUUGUAAGUAUAUACACAGCAGGGCUAUAUUUUUAUAUGUAUAUUAAAAUAUUGUAUAUUCAGAGAAGCAUUGUGAUGUGAACAUUUCUUUAUAAAAAUUGUGGGUUGGAGGAGAUGAGAUGGGAGAAACUCGGGCAAUGGGAUUACAGGGGUAACAACAAACAUAAUUUACAAUUAACCCUGAGCCAAGGAGCUGUUGCUGAUUUAAGUGGGUGAGUAGAUAUAGUAGACACACUUGCCAUCGCAGAAUUGCAUUGUGAUUAGAGAAACAGCUAAUUUCAUCAGAGCUACUUUACGCCCAAUGCUAGAGACAUCAUGGAAAAGGCUUACAUUCUUCAAAGUCUUCAUCACUGGAAGCAAUGGCACCGGGAUUUUACUCACACAGGAUGGGGUCUGUUAAGCCAGUCAUAAUUCAGUUGAUGCAGCUGAUACGUCCUCCAGAGGGUUUCUGUCUAAACCCAGAACCACUUAGAAUGUUCCCUGUUGGCACAGCAUCAUUGUGUUAGUUUUUUUCUGCUCCAGGUCAUUGGCUGAGGCUGAUAUUGGCAGGGAGACUCGCCAUGCGGUGGCACCUUAAUGCUCCAGGGGCAGCAUAGUGUUUGUAGCCACAUCCCCAUGACAGGUGUCUCAUCUGCUGCUCUUCCCCUCCUGUGCACUGCACAUCCACCUGGGAGCAAGCUGCAUCAGUUCCAGUGUGUGUCUUCCCCAGUAUGUGUGCUUAGAAUCACAAACUUUCUCUGACAUUUAAGUAGCGGAAGAGAGGUACUGUCCACAGAGAGUUGAUUUUGAUACCAAAUUAUCAGUUUCUUUCUAAAUUGGAAUUUUUUUUUUGAAUAAACCUACUACAGGUGGCUGGCUGACUACAUUAAAGUUUUUUUAUUUAAAAAAUAAUAAUUUAUACCAAGCAGAGGGUUAUUACAAACUUUGUAUCCUGCCAUGUUUCGAAGAAAUGCUCAUUUGGGCAACAGUCUGUAGACUGAUGGAAAUCUCUCACAUCGUUCAUGUGGAGAGCGAUAUUCAGCCUUAUUAUGCAGUUUUAUUCUUUACUCUUUGAAGGAAAGAAGUCAUGGGAAGUGUUUUUGCCUGCCACGAUACAAGUGUGUACCUAAAAGACUGGCGCGCAGGUUCCUCACUGCCUGGGGCAGGUUGAAUUUUAGUACUGGUGUGUGUCUACCUCCAAAGGAGGUGCUAGCUUGUAAACCUUGCUAAGUAUUCAACAUCUCCAAAGUAAUCUUUUUUCCUCACACUGGAACAAAGCUGGCUAUUUCUGUGAAUACUACAAACACAGGGUUUCUC